AAAGGUGUCUCUCUCCCAAGUCCCAACUGACUGCAGGAGGGAGGAGGAAGAAGGAGGAGAAGGAAAGAGCUUGGAGAGAUGGGGGGCCAUAAUACACCUUCCAAACUGUCAGUAUUUACUCCAUUGCUGGUCUUUCUCCUGCUGCUGCUUCUGGAUCAAAAUCAAAAGGGAAUUACAACAGAGGCGGGAGUCCUUUUAAUCAAUAAUGUCGGCAGUAGCGCCAAAGUGGGGAGGAGAGAUAAAUCACCAACAACAAAACCAGCACCGCCAAAACCAAAACCAAAACCAGCACCGCCGGCGGCAGGGUGCAAUUUGUUUGAGGGACAAUGGGUAGUGGAGAACACAUCCUCAUCAUCAUCCCAAUCCUUCUCUUAUGAAUCUUCAAAAUGCCCAUUCAUAGACCCAGAGUUUGAUUGCCAGAAAUUCGGUCGCCCAGAUCGAUACUAUCUCAAGUAUUCCUGGCACCCUGAUUCUUGUAACAAUUUCCCCAGGUUUGAUGGGUUGGAGUUUUUGAGGAAGAUGAAGGGGAAGAAGAUAAUGUUUGUGGGUGACUCACUGAGUCUGAAUCAGUGGGAAUCAUUGUCCUGUAUGAUCCAUGCCUCUCUCCCAUUCAAUUCCAACACCUCCUUUGCCAGAACUCAGCUCAUCUCCUAUGUCACUUUCCUGGAUUAUGAAGUGACAUUGUAUCUAUACCAUAGCACAUAUUUGGUGGACAUUGUGAGAGAGAAGAUUGGGAGGGUUUUGAAGCUCAACUCCAUCCAAGGUGGCAAUGUCUGGAAGGAUAUGGACAUGUUGAUUUUCAACACCUGGCAUUGGUGGACCCACGUUGGCAAAUCCCAACCAUGGGAUUAUAUCCAGGAUGGCUCCACUGUGAGUAAGGACAUGGACCGUCUGAUGGCGUUCUAUAAAGGACUCACAACUUGGGGUAGAUGGGUUGACCAAUACGUUGAUCCCACAAAGACCAAAGUCUUCUUCCAAGGGAUCUCCCCGACUCACUAUGAAGGAAGGGACUGGAACUCAAGAUCUAAAGAUUGCUAUGGAGAACAAGAACCCCUCUUGGGAGAGACUUAUCCUGCUGGCCCUCCUAGGGCAGCCAUUGUGGUCAACAAAGUGCUGACCAGAAUCAAGAAACCAGUCUUCUUGCUCGAUAUAACAAGAUUGUCGCAGUUGAGGAAAGAUGCUCAUCCAUCCAAUUAUGGAGGAGAGCAUGCUGGCACCGAUUGCAGCCAUUGGUGCCUUCCUGGUCUGCCCGACACAUGGAAUCAGCUUCUUUAUGCAGCUGCCAUGACCAUGACUGAUCAUGACUAAGCUAGCUAGAGCCUAGAAGCAACCAAUUUAUGGUUUCUGUUUUCUAUUUCUACAUCACCAUCAACUUCCCCCAUCAGUUAGUGUUGUCCAACUUAUUUGUUGAAUCAGAAUAAGCAACAAAUGCAUAAUUGUAAAGUCAAAUCAUUUAAUCUUCUGUUUUAGUUGAUGAUGAAACUAUAACUUGAAAUAUGAUUUAUCACCUGUUGAAGAAGA